AUUUAUCCGACCUGCCGAGUGGGUUGCCUUGUCAGUCGAUUCAACCACCACCGAAGACCGUACUCGUCUCUUCUACCGACAUCGCAACGUAAGAACGACAUGUCUGGACGCGGCAAAGGAGGCAAGGGGUUGGGGAAGGGAGGCGCCAAGCGUCACCGCAAGGUUCUACGUGAUAACAUCCAGGGCAUCACCAAGCCCGCCAUCCGUCGUCUGGCCCGCCGAGGAGGCGUCAAGAGAAUCUCUGGGCUCAUUUACGAGGAGACCCGCGGCGUUCUGAAGGUGUUCUUGGAGAACGUUAUCCGCGACGCCGUCACCUACACGGAGCACGCCAAGAGGAAGACCGUCACCGCCAUGGACGUGGUCUACGCGCUCAAGCGGCAAGGGCGCACCCUCUACGGCUUCGGGGGAUGAAUCAGAUGACUCCAAGGGCAACCCAACUCCAACGGGAUCAAAUUCUGGCUACAUAUAUGUUGAAAUUCAUGGAUUGUUUACUUAGAGUAAUCUUUGUGAUCUUCCGCCAGUAUAAAUUAUAAGUAUAACUUUGUCAGACGUUAUAGCUUGAUAAAAAUCGGGGGAUGAAUCAGCUGACUCCAAUGCUACCCAACUCCAACGGAACCAAACUCUGGCUACAUAUUGUGAAAUUCAUGGACUGUUAAUAGAGUAAUCUUUGCGAUCUUCGCCUAGUAUAAAUGGACUUUGUCAGACGUUACAGCUUGACAAAAAUGAUUAAAAAUGUCACACUUGUAGCUGAUUUUAAAAAGAGCAACUGUUAAAUGAAAUUGAAAUUGCAUGUUUGGAAUUGAAAUUGCAUGUUUGUCUGAGUUAAUUUGUCGCAAUAAACAUGUGCCUUUUUA